AUGGUUGCUAAGAAAAGAAACACGCUGAGGAAUAAAGUAUCGUCUAAGAUAAAUUCACAUUCAAUUUUAGAAAAUUUACAAAAUGAUAUAGAUGUUCAAUUGCCCGAGGAUCCAAAGGCUUUCUUGCAUCAACCCAAGGAAACAAAGAGGGAAAAGCAGUUGAACAAGCAAAGUGCCUUCAUAUCUAGAGUACAGGAGAAGUCUAUGGGGAUGGAUCCAUCAUUUGCCGGUAUUUCAAAAUCUUCGAUAAGGCGUAGAAAGAGAAAGAUGAGAGAUAAUUUAAAACCAAGAAUGGAUGAUUUAUUGGUAUCGCUGGAAAGAGAGGAUGAUCUCAGGGAUAUAACGCAAAAUACAGGGGAGCAUGCUGAUGAUGAGGAGACUCGCAAAAGAAACAGAGCUAAUGUCACUAAAGUUGUCAGCAGAAAUGAACCAGGGUCUGUUUUGACGAGAAGAAAUGAGCCAAGUAUUAGAAAUAAGAAAGGUGCAAAAACCUUGCAAAUCAAAGAGACUGAAAGGUUCAACCAAGUCUUGAAGAAUCAAUUAUUUCAAACAAAUACUUUCGGUGCCUUAAGAGAAGUCAUCAAGAUGCAGAAGAGAUAA